GUCAACCUGCAGUACAGUGAGGUGCAGGACCACGUGAUGCUGACAGGGAGGCACAUGGUACGUGACGUGAGCUGUCAGAACUGCAACAGCAAGCUGGGCUGGAUCUACGAAUUUGCCACGGAGGACAGCCAGCACUACAAGGAGGGCCGUGUCAUCCUGGAGCGGGCGCUGGUGAGGGAGAGCGAGGGCUUCGAGGAGCACCUUCCCUCUGACGCUUCCUGAGACGUUUACUAACACACACACACACCCACACACACACACGUGGAAGUGCACAACAAAGUAUUGACAGCCUCUGAGCAAUACUCUGACAGUCUCCAAGACAUGCAGAGCUCAAAACAUAUUGAAUACUUAAAAAAAUAUAUAUUUUUGAUAACACUAUAUUCCCUGCCCCUACCAACACAAUUGUGUCGUAGCCACACAGAUGCUGUAACUUAUGUGCACUACACACACACACACUUUCCCUCAAAAUGUACAGAGUAUGUCAUCCCCAAACAGACGACUACAGAUACCAACAGACACCAUGUCUCUAAAGAGUUAAUAACAAAGCAAGCCAAGCAACUUUUCAAUCUUGACUCUCUGUGUGUGUAUGUGCUGUUGCUGGCGUGGGCAGAUGUUGUACUGUAGACCCUGUACUGGCUGUACUGAAUGUCCCUGCCUUGUGUCUCCCGCCCCAUGCAGCU